UCAUUUUUCCAACCCAAUAAGACACAAUCUGCCGUCCAAAAUAAGCUUCGUGCGCACGCUAACGUAUACGAGAGUUGAUAUGUAUACGAAUGUUUAUCUCUGAGAGGGAGAGAAAGAGAGAGAAGGAGCUCGUCCUGAGGAGAGAUUCGGAAUAUCACCGUUUCCCAGACGGAGGACUCAGUGGGGCACUAUGCCACCAAGUUGGGACGCUUUAUAAAUCUGUGGAGCUGCUCGAACCCUCGCAGCGGGGUUCGGCCCCGAUUCUCGGAGUGCAGAGAGAAGGAUGAGAAUGUGUGUUUGGUACUUUUUCUUCCUCUCGAGUCCCCUGCUGGACUUCGAGAAGACACUGCUGGCUUCGAGAAGACACCGAGAGUGGGGACGAGAGGCUAUAUAGCUUUAGGGUAGGUCGAAGAAAUCGAGUGUCCCGAGAACACGUGCCGAUUGCAGUCGCGAAUGCAACGUGAAGUUGGCAACGAAUCGUCAUCGUUUAAAGAUCCCCUCAAAAGGGUGAAAAUACGCGUUCAUGUGAGUGUUUUCUUAUUAAUUGGUAUUAGAAGAAACAAGUGCCAAAUAUGAGUGUUGCAGCGACCUUUAUCGCCAUCGUCAUUCUUCCGAUGACAAGGACGAGUCCAGUUAUGAAUGAAAAUCUAACAACGACCGUAGGCGCAAAUCUGUUUCUGCAAUGCGAAUGGGCCACUAAACAGAUAGAGGAGGAAAAUCUUGCGACUAAAGUGGAUAAUAGCACUUCCAGAUUGCAUUACACAUGGCUGUCUCAAGAAUGCGAAAUGCAAGCCGGUUCAAAGUAUAUAAUUAGGAAAUACACUUUCUUCAAGAAUGGCACAUUUCUUCUGUUGCGUUACAAUUACGUCGACGAAUGGUGCAGCAUAGCGACAUAUACUGUCGUAAUUCGGGGUUCCAUCAAGUUACUGAAGCCGUCGAACGUCAUUCCCGGUACCACCGAGACAAAAGUUCACGUGGACGCCGUUAAUAUUGUACCCAUGAUUCCACAGAUCGUUCAGGAGUUCGGGCACAAACUGAAUCUGACUUGCGGUCCGCAGCCUAAAUGGCGACUCUAUACCCCGGCAUUAAUCUACGAGAGACCGCAAUUCAACUCGCCGAUGUCGCAGUGGCAGGGUCCCAACUACAAUUCCUUGCAAGCUAUAAACAAGCAGUUAAAUUUCAAUUGUUUGGAGCCUUUUGGGAUCGAAUUCGGCGAAUUACAGCUGUUGAGAGUGCAGAAUAAGGUCUCGUUGAAUGAUCUACUCAACAAGAUGCCACACGUCGAACUCUUCCUGGCCAACCCCUUUCCUAACGCGCACUUUCGCCGGAAUUAUAUACCAACUUCGUUGCAAUCCACGCUGAUUCGCGAAGAUACGAUAACAGAUUGCCCGAUAUGUAACAGCGUGUCUCGGGGUACCCUGUUAGUUCCGCCGCUUCUUCAUCAAACCGCGACUCUACCCGCAAUGAUCGGAGGUUUCUGGCACAGCGAAAGAUGCGAGAGCACUCCGGGCGGAUACUGGUUAAGACGAAAAUUCCAGAUAUACUCGGGAGACAAAUUAUGGAUCGGUCAGUGGGACUAUUACGAUGAUCCGCGUUGCUCGGAACACUUGUACGGGAUAGUAAGACUGGGGAAUUACGUGCAGCGAGCUGAAGGACAGCACCACGAAGAAGUUACCCAUCAUGUCUUUCCCAAUUACUAUAACAAUAUGACUACAAAAUCUAUUUUUAAAAGAAGCGUUACCGACCAAGAUAGCUUCGUGCAUGUCGGGACUGGACAAUCUACAGAUAAAAAUAAGGCUCGCAGGCAGAAGAGAACGAUAAGCGAUAGGGUUUAUCAGUUCUUGUACGACACGCAGUCUUCUGUGCUUCAAAAGAGAUUCAUGGCGAUACUGCAGGGUCAUCAGACCCGCGAACAAACCACGAUGAAGCCUUCCUUCCCCUGGACACCUCUCUUCGGCACCACGGAGCUGGAUCUAUACAUCGCCAAAAACAUUCCGAUGGAGAAGAAACUUUUCCGAGGAAUGCCCACUCGUUGCACCGACUGGUUCAAUUCGCCGCUGACCGCCUCAUCCAGGGAAAAUUGCGCCCGUUACAUCAUCGAGAAGCCUUUAGUCCUGAAAUUGCGGGCCAAGUUGAGGAUCGAUUGGAAUGGCCAGUACAUCUUGCUGCUGGGUUCACGAAAUGAGACCAGAUGGGACCCACCUCUGCGACGAUGCGGGCAAUUUUCAACUGACUCCGAUCCCUUCUUGCAAUUGUAUUUUCGAAAACACUUUUUCAAUUUGUUCUCUUCGACAUCGAUCAAUCGGGUCUCCACGUGGUUCCUCAUCUGGUCCCAGAUCUUUCUGUGGUGCGUGUAUCACUUAGUACGGUGAUAACGGGUUGUUAUCUUUGCUAGAGAAACUUUUAGUAGGGUUUGGUUAAAUAUGCGGCAUUUAAACAUUCCAAAUCUUUCUUUGCGCUUUCUUUUGGAAAAUUUCAUAGGAUUGUAAGCUUGUAAAUGUGUAAAUAGACAUGGAAAUCAAAUCAAUUUCCAGUUUUUGGGGUAUGUAUCUUAAUAUAAAUAUGUAGAUUCGAAGAAGAAGUGAAGUUAAGUAUUUGCUGGACAAAAACAAUCAAUCAUUAUAUAUAUAUAUAUAUAUAUAUAUAUAUAUAUAUCACGAGCUUAGAAAGUUAUUCUGCGCUGUUAUCAUAUAUAAUUGAUGUAUGUACAUAUCUGCGCGCGAUUAUACAUAUAGUCGUAUAAUUUAAUAAAAAUUCCAUUUUAUAUAAUAAACAAAUUUAUUUUAUAUAUAU